UAUAUGGUUGGAACCAAGAGAGCAUCAAUGUUUAGGAGGGCAGUAUCACUGUGUAGCAAUGUUACCUCUAUUUUCUCUUCUCUGCUGCAUUGCUCCAGUGGUACUGGGAGUACCACUAUCCAAGGAAAAUUAUGGGUUAAUUAAUGAUAUUAACCCCGAGUAUGAAGACUUGGACGCUUUCCCAUUUGCAAAAGCACCGAUCCCUGCAGAACGUGGACAGAAAUAUGGAUACCUGGGUGAAACUCAUGAGGUUGUCACAGAGGAUGGACACAUCCUACAAAUGCAUAGACUUGUUGGAUCAAAGAGAAGUCCUAUUGCAAGCAACAAGCCUCCCGUUCUGCUUGUUCAUGGUCUUAUGGAUUGUUCUGCCACUUGGGUGAUGGGAAUACCUGAAAAGAGUUUAGGCUACAUAUUAGCAGAUUGGGGCUAUGAUGUGUGGUUGGGUAAUGUACGUGGUAAUAGGUACUCCAGAAAACAUAAGUGGAUGACCACUAAAGAUGAGAAAUACUGGAUGUUCAGCUGGCAUGAGAUAGGAAUAUAUGAUCUUCCAGCAAUGAUCGAUCACAUAUUAGAGGUUAGUAAACAGAAGAAGCUCAUGUAUGUUGGACACAGUCAAGGAGGCACUGCAUUCUUAGUGAUGGCAAGUGAACGGCCAGAGUAUCAAGAGAAAAUAGAGGCAGCAUUCCCUCUAGCUCCGGCAUCUUUUAUGGAGAAAGCAACUAACCCUGCCUUGCGAAUUUUGGCCCCUCUUGUCAAAGAUUUGAAGAAACUCACAGAUCUGAUAGGCAUGUAUGAAAUUAAACCAACAAGUGAGUUUAUACAAAAAGUAGCUAAACUCGCUUGCCAGGAUGAAGCAAUUACAAGUGAACUGUGUACUAAUAUAAUAUUCCUUGUCGGUGGACCAAGCUACAGACAGCUAAACAGGACUCUCAUACCUGAAGUAGCACAAUAUGAUCCUGCUGGAGCAGCUGUUAGACAGUUUGUACACUAUGCACAAUUAAUCAAUUCCGGAGGUUUUGUACAAUACGAUCAUGGCCUUCUUGGUAACCUAAGAGUAUAUGGUCAAGCUCGUCCUCCUAAAUAUAAUGUUGCCAAUAUCAAGAUACCUGUUUACAUAUUUUAUAGUAGCAAGGAUCAACUGGUCAAUGAACAGGACAUAAGAAAAUUAUACAUGGAGCUGCCUAAUGCUCAAAAGUUCAUGGUACCAUUAAAAGAUUUCAGCCAUUUGGAUUUCGUGUGGGGUAAAGACGUUGAUACAUUGUUAUACAACAGAGUUUUGAGUCGUAUGGAAGUACACAGGGGAAACAUAUAAAUUUCUACAAAAGAGACUAUAUAUUAUUUGCUUGAACAAAGAUACUUCUUCACACAUACAUCAUUUUUGUCACAGUAUUGAAAAUGAUUGUAUAUAAGCAAUAUAAAGAAGAAAAUAACAAUAACAUUUGUUGUUAAUCCAAGAAUUAAGUUGCACUGAUUUAAAACAAUUGUACAAAAUUUUGUAUUCUUGUAUAAUAAGUUUAGAAGUUUACAAAGCAAAUAAAUAUUUUUUCUAACGAAAA